GUCAACCACGAAUCAUUUUAAUAUUAUAAUAAUAUUUAGUGCAAACUUUGUCUAUCAAGCUGAAACCAACCAAUUGCAAUUAUAUAGACUUAUCUGUUAAACUGUGAGAACUUGUUGUUAGGGCCUAUUUAAGUUCCAUAUGUCUUCAAUUUGUCAGUAUCUUUUAGCAGGUUGAGAAAGGUUUUACAGUUAUGGAGGGAAUACAACAGAAGGUUGUUUUUCUAAGUCUGUACAUGAGCUAUUUGUUAAGUGUGUACACAAGGCGUUCUGUGACAUUUGCACUGCCUGAAAUUGCAACUUCAGAAUCUCUAGACAAAAAUCAAUUAGGUAUGAUACUCAGUGGUCAAACACUGGCCUAUGCUAUGAGUAAGUUUGCUUGUGGAAUAAUGAUGGACUUUGUCAGUCCACGUCUAGCCAUGUCUGCCGGUCUCAUUGCUUCAGGAAUCGCAUGUAUAAUGUUUGCAAGUUCACAUGGAUCAUUGUUUUUAUUUACAAUAUUUUGGAUCAUGAAUGGUUUAUGCCAAGGUCCAGGAUGGCCUGCAGCUGCUGUUAUAAUGCGCAAGUGGUUUCGAGAUGAACAGUAUGGGACGGCAUGGAGUGUAUUGUCCACAUCGAUGAAUGUCGCUGGAACAUGUGGACCCCUGAUUGCAGCAUUUAUUAUCACUUAUUCUCACUGGAGAUACAGUUUACUACUUCCAGGUGUAUUGGCCAUGAUGUUUGGUUUCAUCCAGUUUUUCACAGUUCGGGACAAACCUGGCAAUUACACAGCAGAAGAAUCUAAGAAAAAGAAAAACGGAAAUGAAAGUUCACAGAAAGUGAUAUCUAGGAAAGAGUUACUGAAGUUACCAGGCUAUCUUGGUGUGUGUAUUACCUAUGGUAUUGUGUCAGUAGUGCAGUUUGGUACCCUGCAGUGGGCACCAGUGUACCUUGUUAAUGAACUAGGACAUUCCAUAAUUACAGGGAACAGUUUCACCAGUAGUCUUGAGAUAGGUGGAAUAUGUGGAUCACUGAUUGCUGGAUACUACUCUGAUCAUCUUCUAUCUCAGAUGAAGGAUGAGCCAUGUCAGAAUGUACGUCAGUAUGUUAUAGCCUGGUUUGCUAGUGGUCUUGUGGGCUUUCUGUAUAUGCUUACAUAUUGUGUAACAAAUUAUUCAUCACUGAUGUGGAUAAAUAUGAUAGGGUUUGGUCUAGGUAUGACCAUAUAUGGUCCUAUAUCUAUUUAUGGAGUUACAGCUAUAGAAUGUGCACCAAAUGAGAUGGCUGGUACAUCUCAUGCUUUUGCUGGUUUAUUUGCCACAGUUGGACAAUCAAUGGCAGGAUUGCCUCUCAGUUACUUCGCAAAGUUCUGGGGUUGGAGAAAAAUGUUUAUUACAGAAAUUCUUAUGGUUGUGUUGAUGGCAGGAUAUCUGUUUAUGUACACAAAAUCUUGUCAUGUACAACGUGAAACCGCCACAAAACCAAAGAGUGACUGAUAAAACUUUACACUGAACAAAACUGUUAACUCCUCACUUUUAUUUUAGUUGUUGAUUAAUUUUAGUUUUAUUUAUGUUUAUACUUAAUUUGCAUUUUUAACCUUAAGCCUGCUGGCGGCAAGUGAUUCUGCCUUUGCAACUAGUGCAGACCAAGAUUAGGCUGAUCUUGGUCUGCUCUGUUCGCUAUUCAGUUAGUAAAUUUUCAGUGAACACCCCUUCGAAUAAUAAAUGGUACUGCUCAAAUUGAAUGAAAACCAGUCCAUUUUAGAAAUUUAGCAGGGUAGGGGUUACUCUUAUUAUGCUGUUACUUAAGUUUUUAUUGCAGUGCAUGAAAAUCGCUUUUAGUACAGUCCAACGUAGGCUAACAUUCACCUUUCAUAGACAAGUACUUGUCAUUAACAGUCACCUUUAACUCCCCCAACUGAUUUCCUUCUUUAGAUUAAGGCAUUUACGGCUACCUACUUUAUGCAGUCAGUGGAGACUCUUAUUUUCAUUCCCAGAUGCAGCUUCUGUCCCGAUUUACCUGACACGUGACGCCUAUUUUCUACUCAAUUCUGUACUUGUGGUCUGGAUUACAGAAACAAUUGUACUUUUUUGAGUCGGCUAAAGGCUGAAAGCCUUUUGACGAGUCCUUGCUGUCCAACGAUUCUCUAAAUGGACCGAAUAACAUGUGAAGGGAUGUAGUUCCAUUAGAUUUCUCAAAUUUCAAACAGUUCACUGCAUGAAUGAAGUUAAGUUGUGUCAAUUCCCUUUGCUAUGACCAAUAUACGAUGUAAUCUGUCAUAUUUAUGACUUGUAAUUGUGCAAUUCUCGAAUGUAACUCAUUAAGCAUAAAUGUGCAUUUUAAGAAUUGCGCAGGCUUACAAAGCUUGGGUAACAUCCAGCGAAAGACAAAAAAUAGUUCCACUGCAGGGCUCCAGAUAAGAUGCGUAUUAGCGUAAAUUACGUAUAGAAAUAAUGCAAAUACGCAUGUCUAAUAAUUUCUAAGCGUAUAAAAACGUAUAUAAAAUUACAGAAACGCACACAAUGCUUUUUUAAAAACAAAAUCUGAAUCGUCUGGAUGCGUUAGGUAACAUAGCCGAUCAGCCUUAAUUCUCCCACAUUGAACGUAAACACGCAUCGUAUGAUUUCUAUAAACUUUGCGUGGGUUGAAUUUUGCAGUCAGUAAACGGAUAAAUUAUCGGAAGAAGAAGCUCUUACUGGUUUGUUUAGUUACUACU